AUGACGACCGCAAAAAACGUUUUAGAAAAUGUAUCUGAUGAUGUAUUUCAAAAUUUGAUAAAAAAAUUUCUUAAAUCACUUGAUCCCGUUCUAUUAAAAGCAGUACGACGUGGCUCAUCAAACACCACAUUUACCGAUGAACAACUGAGUAGUUCGCUCUCGUCAUCCAUUCACGAUGUUGCACAAAACUCGGAGCUACUAGGGAAUUUACACUACAUUAUUGACGAUGCAUUUGGUGAUAUAAUCGAUAAAGAAAUCGAACGUUCUUUGUUAUCGAAUACAUCUAUGAGAAAGCAAAAACAACAAUUGAAUAAAAGUAAAUUAGAACAUGAAGGAGCAUCAGCAAUUAGUCAAACGAUCAGUGAUUCACGAGAUUUUGCUGCAUUCCGCAAUGAUAUUGUCAAGCGUCUCCAAUCGAUAUUAGUUGAUUUAGUGGAAAAUUUCGAUGAAGAAUUUCCUGGUGCAUCAUCAACAUCAUCAACAGCUCUUGGAAUAGCAUCUGACACAUUGCUGAUCGAUAAUAAUGUUAUUGCUGGAACUUCCAUUGCAUUAAGUGAUAUUGGAGAAAAUCAUCCAUCAGGUACACAUGGUUAUGGCGGUGGAUCAUCAGCUUAUAAUGUUAGCUAUGAAAGUGAUUCGGAUAAUUCGUACGUGAAUGGUUCAAUUGGUCGUCAUAAGAGUUUGAUGUUCUUUGAUGAUAAUCACUUGCGUACAGUGGCUGAUAAUUUAUCACCGAGUAAAUCGGAAAAAGUUCGCCUUCGUGCAUUGAACGAUGUACUGAAUUACGCUCCAAAUGAAGUUAUUUCCAUUGGAAGUUGGAAAAUUCUCUGUCCGCAUCUAAUGUUUGCAUUGGGAGAUACAAAUUUAGAUAUAGCAAUGGCUUGUUUAACAUUACAUUCUCGUUUGUUAGCCGCAGCGAAUAUGAGUGUCGUUUGUGAAACAUUGACUAAUCUCGUUGAACAUUUGAUUCGAUGGUUUUCGUCAUCGAACAUCGACGAAUUACAACCAACAGCUACUUCCAUCGAUACCUCUGAUCCAAUAAUUGAAAUUCAAUUCAAACAAAUUCGUCUGAUUCUCGACUUUCUACAAGAAACGACUAAAUAUUGGAUGAGAUAUUCAGAAAAUCAUGUGGAACAUAUCAUCAAUGAAACAAUACGUCUUCUUGCGUUGGGUAUCAUACCUCCAGAAGCAAAUAGAGGUCGAAUACUCCCACUGCAUUUCAUUGCACUAUUGGAUCCAGAAGCAAAUUGGUUUCGAACAUGGAUGCAUGCAACAUACAGUCGAGUGUAUGUCCUACGUGCAUUAACAAAUAACAAGAGUUUCUUGAUAAACGCGUAUCAAUCUGUUCUUAAUUAUGCCAGUACUCACUCUCAACCACUCAAUAGUGGAGCUGAUGGACACGACAAUACGAUGCAUCCGUCUGGUGCUCGCAAAAGAUCAAACACAACAGGUUCAUUGGAUGGUAAUGCUCGAACAACAGUGGCACCAUCGAGCGGGCCAUCAAUGGCUCCUUCAUUUCUUUCCAGUCUGAUAACCAGUCCAUCGAUUCCUCCUGCGGCACAGACGGCUCCACCCACGACACUUCCGGGAAGUUUGUUGCACUAUACACGAACCGAGUUGUCCAAUGUACAUUUCGUCCAUUCGGUUGCUCUCUUUGAAUAUGUGAUUUGUUCAAAACAAGCACGUGAAACUCUUUUCCCACUAAUAAUCAACAAUGACAAACGAGUGAACGCGAAAGAAAUUUUACGAAUAUUCGUUCAAAUCAUGUUUGCUGCUGGUAGUGGAAAAGCUGCCUCCAAUCUUUGUUGUCAAUUGUUAAAUCGAGUCUGUCUCGAGUCGGAAACCUGUGGUCCAUUGAUGUGUAGCGAUGAUCUUUUCGAUGUAUUAUGUCGUCCGAUAAGACAAUUCCUUUCGACGAAGAAAUCAUUUAAUGAUUACUUAAGAUCUAAUCAAAAUGUCUUGGCUGAGAAUAGUCUGAUAAAUCUUGCCAAUCUGUUUGCUGCCAUGGCUUCAAAUGAUAUCGGUUAUCAAUUUCUUAUACGAACUUCAGCAACGCCAAACUCAAAUUCACCAGCAUUGUUAAUCGUUUCGUAUGUCAAACGUGUUCUCUCUCAAUAUACUAACAACCGUUCUGGUUUCAUGACACCGGAUUUAUCGUUACCGACAUCACAUUCAGCUAUACCUACAAGAUUAUUAUCCGAAUUUAUCUAUGUCUGUCGUUUGAUUUAUUCUCGAACAGCAGGUUUACUAACAAUCAAACGAACAAAUCUGCAUAAAGCACUAGCGGACGCAUAUAAAAUCGAAAUAGAAACAGCAGAUACACCGUCUUUGUAUGUAAGUCCAUCAGCGGAAUCCGUGGAACAAAUGAAUAAAAGUACCAUGUCCUGGAAGGAAACGCUAUUAGAUAAUCUACUGUUAUUCGGGUCUACACCGAAAGGUAUGCAUCUGUUGACUCAAACUGGUUAUUUAUCUGAGUGCGUUAUUUAUAUCGAUGAACGUUUGCGCACAUCUGGGCAAGUAGGUAAACUAGAGAACUACGGUUAUGGAUAUUUACUGUCUGAAAUGGGGAACACACCAUCUGUAAUUUUGCGAUUAUAUGAAUCAGGAUUCAUUGAAUAUUUAAUUGAUCAACUUUGGAAUGAAUUAGAAUAUGUUUCUAAUGAUUUAACGACUGUCUUUCCACGACGGUUUCCAUCCGAACCAAUUAGUCGGCAUGCUCUAAAACCUCUAUUGAGCCUUUGCUCAGUGGUUUGUUCAUUCCCUGCUGCUUAUGAAUUAUUGUCAAUUGACGAUGAUGAACCAAUGACUCCACAUUUCAACGACGAAUAUCCGAAACCGUGCACACUCUCGCAAUUACUCAAACGAAUCUCAUUUGUUAACGAUGACAAUGCAGUUCGAAAACUGCUCUCCUACGAACAUACGCAUACUACUGGAUUAAGAUUAUUAACACUAAUGCAAUCAGAUUUAGAUGUUCAAUUAUUACUCGAAAUUAAGUAUAAUUAUAUCGAAAAAUUACGGGAAGCACAAGGAGAAAUCGAACAUGGAGACAAUAUUAUCAUAGAUCAGUUAAGUCUGGCACGGAAUCAUGUUCUGGUCAAUGCAGAAUUGAUUGGAGGAAUCCAAGAGAAAAAUGUGCCGCCAUGGACAUUGAAUGAAAAUGAUUUGACAGAACUAAGAUCACUACCGUUAUUUGCUGGAUCCAUGCCGCUUCCAAGUGUUUACAUAGGUAAAGUCAUGUACGGUAGUUUGAGCAAUACAAAAACAGAAGAAAACGAAUUGCAUCGAUUUAUUCGAAGUUCUCGACCAGAUCGACUUGAUGAUCGUUGGUUGGUCAAAUGUAGACAUUUAUUCAUGACUGCACUUCGCCAAUCCACGCACGAAACUGUCCCACUUUCUCUCAUGGCCGAUCUGUUAGAUGCUGUUGUAGAUAUUCACGAUAAACUCCAUAUGGAAGUUGUUUUCAAUCCAUCGCGAGACUCUUCUUCAUCUUCCUCUGUAACAGUUCAAAAGGAUGCGCUAAUGAAGCUCUCAUCGACAAGUGUACUCACACCAUUACAAGAACUUGGCGUGACCAAAGUCUUGAGUUAUGGUGCCCGCAUCGGCCUCGUUCAAGAUCAAUCAAUUAGUCAACAAAAUCUCAGUCGAUUAUUGAAAGCACUUAAAACGCAUUUAAAACAAAAAUCCGUUAUUUCGUCUUCAAAUACUAGUAGCGGCAGUAGACUUAGUGGAACGACAUCAGCCAAUUCCUCCUUUUCAAACCUUCUAUCUGCUUCAGCAUUGGGUGAUAUCGGUGGAAAUAGAUCAAACUAUACUUGUUCAUCGGAUGCAUAUCCUGGUUUCGAUUGGUUUUCGGCAACUAUCUUUCUUCUGAUGGGUUGCGAUGAUAUUCGUUCGUGGCGUUGGUUACGUACAUUUUCGUUACUCUUGCCGUCUGGCUUUCUCUGGCAUGCCCGUCUCUUCAAUACACCGUUUAUUUGUAACGAGAUGAACAUAAACGGUCUCCAUCCUGUCUACACUGGAAUAGGUCAUUGUGUUGAAUUAAUUGUUGAACAAGAGAUGCCACCUACAUUUGCUGCUUUUCGUAUGUCUGGCUUAGCAGUUUCUCAUGUAAUUGUACACUGGACUAAACAAUGCUUUUGGUCGAUAUUAGACUGGCCAGAGCUUGUUACAUAUAUUUGUGUAUGUAUACUCUAUGGUAUUGAUUAUCAAGUGUAUUUCUGCGUUGCACUUCUUCGUCAUCUGAAAGACGACAUUGUCUACCAACAUUCAUCAAGAAAUCUCUUACCAUUUCUCAAAUGUCAUCAAAUACAAGGAUUUUCAAUGCGUAAUGUAAUCGAAUACAUGGUAUCGUUAGAGAAAAAGUACCGAGCAACCAUUAUGUCCGAACUGAAAGAAGUGCUAUGCUCGAAUUCUAAUGUAUCUAAUACAACUACUAAGCAAACGAAUGUUUGA